CUCCGCCUGGAGCCAUCCGAAUCCACCCCGGGCAGCGAAUUACUUGGGCCAAGGGAAUGCAAACUGUGAUCAUCCCGAAAGUUUGUUCGUUUGGCUUAAGUUAUUUUCAUGUCCGACUAAAGCGCCACGUGGUAGAGAUCGGAUCGGAUCGGAUAUACAAGGUGGAUACGGUGGUCACCUUCCCAGGAAGUGCUCUUUCGGUCUGCUAACAGCUCGAGUGAACUAAUGAGUUGGCCCCGCUUGGGGAUCCUAACUGGGUACGUCAGCAGGUGAGGAUCGGGGUGAGUCUGAACCCCAUGAGAAGCGCCUCCUCGAAGGCCCAUCGAUCUGGAAUGAUUAGCCUGGCACUGAUACCGAACGGCGACGUGAUUCGCUCCGCUCCCAAAUAGCAGACGCCGGCUGAUUAAAUCCGCCGCCAUAUUCGGCUUCCGUUUGGGCUUCGGAGUCCGACUCCGAAUCCGAAUCCGAGGGAAGAACUGCUGUUCGUUCGGCUGGCGCUGGGGCUGGGAAUCGACUCCACUUGGUGCGCUGGCACGGUCGCUCGGGAGCGUAAACCCAUUAUCACUAUAUUGGUUGUACGAUUUGCGGAUCCGUCGCCAGUUGGCCGACUGUAAAAUCUGAUUUCUGUAGACGUGUCGUCGCUUUGCCCCAACCGAUUCGAUACGGCUGGGGAAACUGACUUGGGAACGAGAUAAGAGCUCUGGGAACUCUGGGAACACCGAAAGAAAUGCGGACACAGUGUGCUGAUCAUUUCGAGGAAUUAUCUUACCCCCAGAACUGAUUGAUUGAAGAUAUAUUUGCUCUAAGGAGUAUAUCCUGAUGAUAUUGAUUUGGAUUGAAGGUAUCUAUUUUACGAUGGAUGUAUUAGGCAUUAGAGUGGCUUUUUUCCAGUGCAGUGGGUGCCAAAGGGCUGUGGGUCUGUGGGUAGGACAAACGUGGCACUUAUAAGGUAAAAAGGUAGCCGAAGCCGAGCUGAUAAUUGUGCAACGUACACAAACCUUGCUCGCAUUGCUCCACUUGCUUUCGGGUUAUCAGUUGGAGUGACAAGCGGAAAUUAAAGUUGAAAUCGACACGAUUAUUUCAUUAGUUCUGUUUGCGAAGGGCCGAACAAGUGGGCGUGUGCCCACCCAGCGUGGCUGGGUGGAGUGAUCCGAAAGGUCGGAUCCGAAAGGCAGGAGCUGGCAAGGUCACCCGGAUGUUUAUAUUCGGCAGUCUAGUUGCCGAUUGACGGAUUGAUUGUCAGUGGCCAUAACUAACCAAUUAGCGAUUGCCAUUCGUGGCAGGCAAAGCCAGGCACAUCUUCGGGUGGUUGGAUCGGGUGGGUGACCAGGUGGCCCGUGUGCUCCAAGGUGAAACGCAGCCAGAAAUAAGUGCGCCCAGCCAAGUCGAGUUAAGCUGAAGACUUGGACCCAAUUCGACCAGGUGCAAGCGACAGAAACAGCGAAGGCGGCAUAGACAAACAGAGGCCACGUACAGUGAAGCCUCCAAGCAGGACCACUCCUUUCGAAGAGAGCCAUCUUAAUCUUAGAAAUCGCACGAAUAAGGCUAAUAGAAUGCAAAGCUCUGGCUGAGAUCUGGAUUCGAAUGGAUGGACUGGUCGGCUUUAAGGACCUUCCACUGUUCGAGGGCACGAGUGGAGCCCUGGGAAGAUGUCAUUGGUUUGGACGUGGACGAAAGCGAAAGGUGUAGACGCAGACAGAGACGGAGACAGAACUUCAGCGAAUAUGCCAAGGAUUUCGCUGGACCUCACGGACAAUGUGAACGCGCAGAACGAGAGCGAAACGGUGUUCCUGAAGAUCGAGGCCAACUUCCGCGAGGGCCAGAUCAUCCGCAGCAUGUUCCAGCCGGGCGAGGGAUGGCAGCAGGAGGAGAUCUCGAAGAACUGGAAGUGCGACGGCCCGAAGAACCCGCUGCAGCCGGGCCAGAGCUUCACCUUCCGGGUGGCGGUGCUGCAGCGAUGCUUCGAGAUCUACGUGAACGACCAGCUGUACGGGUCCUUCGAGUUCGUCAAGUUCCCCAAGCAAAUCAACUACGUGCGCACCUACGGCGACUUCGAGAAGAUCACCCAGUUCCACCACCGCAUGCUCUUUCCGCUCGUCUUCCCCAGAACGCUCAUGUGCCCGGACAAGGUGGCCUUCCAGAGCGACGUGCCCAGGCGGUAUGAAACCGGUACGGUGGUGGCCAUGGAGUGCAUCGCCAAGGGCCCGCCGACCACGGAGUUCUCCAUCUGCUUCCAGUGCAACGACACCGGGAGGACGGUGCUCCGGUUUCACGUGAACUUCGAUCGGACAACCGUGUCACGCAGCUACCAGCGCGAAGACAACAGCUUUGCCUUGAGCGACGAGGAGACCGAGGGCGAAUUCCCAUUUGUACGCGGAAAGCUUUUCAAGAUCGCGUUUGGGCUCGGGGAUCGGGCUUUCCUGAUCGCCGUCAACGGGCAGUACUUCACCUACUACAACUUUCCCGGACGCCCCUUCUCCAUAUCCACUCUGAAGUGCUUCACCAACGAAGUGGGCGACUUCGCCGUGCGGAGCAUGGAGUAUCACUCCGAUUCUCCGCUUCUGGCCCGCGUGGAGAAGUUGUCCAUCAUUUAAUCGAAAGGGAUUCCGGAAGUCUUCUAUAAUCGAUUCGAGUUCUCGUAGUAUGCUCUUUGUUCAAUCGUUGGCUUUGAUCACCGUACAGCACCAGUUAACUUCUUCUUGUGAGCAUCCAAAUAAA